AUGAAUCUGCACGGUUUGCUUGUUUGCGUGCUAGCAGCUUCAGCUGUUUUCUCUAUGGAAAAUUCGGAGCGCCAGAGGGAAGAAGCCGCAGAAUCAAUGCACAAAAUCAACAGUCUUGCUUUGCUUAUCUUUGUGUGGCUCAUGGUGAUAGUAGUGCUUACCAUAUGGCAGUUCAAAGUCAGACGAUUUAGGAUAUUGCACGAAACGGGUCUUUCACUUAUCUAUGGAAUCAUUCUGGGUUUACUGAUUCGUUGGCUUUCUGGAAAAACUAAGCAGCCAGAGUUAUGUGGCUGCCAGCUUGAUGAAUUUUUGUUAAAUCUUUGUGAGCCUACCAACGUCUCAAAUAUGAGCACACCAACUACAAUGGCUCCAACUGGAGGGAAUAUGAAUUCAUGGGUGCCGACUGUAUCUGUGCACAAAAAAUUAUCCACAACAAAAUCGUCUGAAGAGUCAUGUCCCAUUCCAGACACUUGUAUAUAUGCUUCUGACAUUCCAGAUACCGUAACAGUACGGUUUGGGCAGAGCAAGUAUCUUUUUAAAUACAAAGAAAAAGUGUAUUCGUCGACUUCAGGGAGUGAAAAUGAUGAUCAAGCUGUUUUUGAUCCUGAGCUGUUUUUCUAUGUUCUGCUGCCUCCGAUUAUUUUCUUUGCCGGUUAUGAUUUGAAGAAGAGAUACUUCUUCAGAAAUAUUGGAGCAAUUAUGUUGUAUGCCUUUCUUGGAACAUCCGUUUCGUGUUUUAUUAUUGGAGCCAUAAUGUAUGGAUACCGUCAAUUGGGUUUGGAGACACUUCCUGAAGAUCUAAACUUUGUGGAAUGUUUGAUGUUUGGUGCUCUCAUAUCAGCUACAGAUCCAGUAACUGUGUUGGCGAUAUUCCAUGACAUGCAUGUGGAUGUUGAUCUCUUUGCUUUUGUUUUUGGUGAGAGUGUGAUGAAUGAUGCUGUGGCUAUAGUUCUUUACACGUCUAUUAAAGCAUACUCUCCCACAAUUGGUUCUGGCACUACAUUUCAAGCGUUGGCAUUUUUCAAGUCUGUUGGAAAGUUUGUUGGCAUUUUUGUGGGAUCUUUUGCAAUCGGAUUAGCUCUAGCUCUCAUCACUGCUCUCAUGACGAAGUUCUUGAAGUUAAGAGAGUAUCCUCUCUUUGAGACAAGUUUGUUGUUUCUUAUGUCAUACUCAGCAUUUUUGCUAGCAGAAUUUGUUGGGUUUACAGGUAUUGUUGCUGUUUUGUUCUGUGGAGUAGCACAAGCUCAUUAUUCGUAUUUUAAUUUGUCACAAGAUGCAAAGUUACGAUCUAAGCAAGUGUUUGAGAUGUUGAACUUUCUAGCAGAAAAUUUCAUCUUUGUGUACAUGGGUGUUACUCUCUUUACAUUUCAACACCAUGAGUGGCAUUGGGGAUUUAUAUGUUUCUCAUUUGUUGCUAUUCUUGCUGGCAGGAUUUGCAACAUUUAUCCUCUUUCGUUUCUUGUGAAUUUGUUGAGAAAAGGAACGAACAAGAUACCAUGGUCAUUUCAACACAUGCUUGUAUUUGCAGGUCUUCGAGGUGCGAUCGCCUUUUCUCUAGCAAUACGUAACACGGACUCAGCAGCCCGUCAACUUAUUCUUGAUGCAACUUUGAUAAUUGUGUUUGUUACUGUGUUUGUGAAUGGUGGACUAACAACUAUAAUGUUACAAUUCUUCAAAAUAAAAGUUGGUGUUGAAGAGGAUGAAGAGGAACCCAAGUUUCAAUCUAUUAAAAUGGGCAACGAUGUUGAUGGUAGUGAAAAUCCUCGCUCAUUUUCACAUGUCCCAGCUUCGUGGUAUGAGAGGAGCUUUAUAGCACGCAACUGGAGAAAUUUUGAUAGCAGGUUUAUUAGACCGAUUGUGACAGACAUUGGAUCAGUUCCUGCAUCAUGUCCCAGCUGGAUGAGGAGGAUUGCUGGUGGUGGAAGGACUAAAGGGGACAUUCUGGGGACAGAAAUGAGUGAUGAGGAAGAGGAGGAUGAGAUACAACUCGCCAGAGCAUCUCUAUCAUUUCGCAACGACAACUACAUGAAUGUGGAAGACAACGAUGAUAUAGGAGCUGGAGAUUUAGGUCUAGGAGAUGUGGAAAUGUCCGAAAUUGAUUCGAAACGCUAGGCUUGAACUCACGUGUGUAGAUUUUUGUCAAUAUUGAGCAUUUUGUUAGGAUGACAGGUGUGUCGUUUGCAUGGAAUACUGGCAAAAUAUAGUGUCUGCUGCUUUGCA